CAAGUCCGCGCAACAGGUACGAGUGGCACAAUGUCGGAAGAGGGCAAGAGCUUCGCUGGGCGCGCCGCCGACUGCUGGAGCGCGAUGCGCGCCAACCCCGACCGGUCGAUGCACCUCACCUCCAUCAUCGCGGGCGUGCUCCUGUUUAUCGGUGGCCUGUCGGGGCUGAUCAAUCUGCUCAACCCGCUCGGAAUGGUCCUUUCGGUGUACAACAUCAUCUUUGCCGGCCUCAUCCUCACUUCGGAGCUCAAGGCGCUGCCAGUCUUCAAGACGCUCAAUAAGCGGGUCGAUUUGUACUUCCACAUCCUCUCGGUCCCGCGCGGCAAGGCGGGCUUCUACGUCUUCAUCGGCAUCCUCGCCUUCCUCGGCACGCACGACUGGUCCAUCUCUCGCAUCUGUAUCCUGCUGGUUGCGAUCGUCGGCGCCAUACAGAUGACGAGCCACUGCAUACGCGGCACCGGUGCGUCCGUGGAGGCGGCGGGCGCGGCGGGAGGACAGCCAAAGCCGGGGCUCACUUCGUCGAUGACUGGCAGCGACGCGUCGGCGGGCGCCAACCCGUUCACUUCCUUUGCGAUGGAGGCGGUGUCGGACGCGCCCAGCCUCGGCCGCGCCGGCCUCAGCGCCGCCGCAACCUUCGCCUCCACCACCGCCCCCGCCACUGCUUCGAGCUUUGGCAGCGGCCAGCCGGCGCCGUGAUUGCACAUGUGGGUUGCCCGCCCGUUGCCGGCGACGGCCGCGUGAACGGCGGAGCGAGGGGGGCGGCGGCGGCCAGUGUGCGGAGCGAGGGGGGCGGCGGCGGCCAGUGUGCCGACUUGGGGGCCGCCCCACUCCGCGGCGCGUGUGGCAUAUAUUCUCAGUACUGGCGGCACACGUGUCGGCGUUGUGAGUACAGAGAGAGGCGGUCCCAGAUAGUGGGACGACGACGACGCGGUACCGACAAUGUGCGUCGAUGUGGUGUAAACUCUACUUUCUCUAGUCGGUGUGGAGC